AUGGAUAUGAAUGGUCGGUCGGUCGUUCGUUUAAAGCCAAUAGCAGUUCAUAUCACAACGAGGGAAAAGUUCGUCUCAGCCGAGAAACGCUAUGAUGUCGAAUGUAAGAGUUCCGGUUCAAGGCCCGAGGCUGUCUUAACAUGGUGGAAGGGAUCACGACAAAUCAAAAGGAUGGCCAAGAAUUUUUCCGAGACAGGCAAUCAAUCAUUGAGCAUUCUGACGUUCAUUCCCGUGGUAGAUGACGAUGGAAAAUACUUGACGUGUCGUUCAGAAAAUCCAUUCAUACCAGAUAGUGCAAUCGAAGACAAAUGGAGACUCGUUGUUCAUUACAUGCCAGUUGUCACUCUGAAAAUGGGCUCAUCACUUAAUCCCGAUGAUAUUAAGGAAGGUGCUGAUGUAUAUUUCGAAUGUUUGAUUCAAUCCAAUCCGAAACCAUACAAGAUGUCGUGGUAUCAUAAUGGAGUUGAGCUUCAUCACAAUGUCACAGCAGGGAUUAUUUUAUCAGAUCAAUCAUUGGUAUUACAGAGCGUAACAAAGAGUUUAGCAGGCGAUUAUACUUGUUUAGCUGUAAACAAUGAGGGUCGCGGCACAAGCAAUCCGGUUACGUUGCGUGUUCGAUGUGAGUAUUUUCUUCCAUUUCAUUUCAUUUCGUUUCUUGCCCCAGUUUGUUCAAGCGACCGAGAAGAGCUUUUAGGAGCUUUGAAACAUGAAACCUUGCAAUUGAAAUGUGAAGUGGAAUCAUCACCACCUGCCGAGUCAUUUCAUUGGACGUUCAACUCAUCAGGUGAACAGACGGAGCUCACAUCACAGCUACACACCAGUGAAUCAGGAUGGUCUCGAUUAAAUUACACACCCACGUCAGAUCUUGACUAUGGAACAAUCUCUUGUUGGGCGAAAAAUGUCAUCGGCGUUCAGAGAACUCCAUGCGUGUUUCAAAUCGUUGCUGCAGGUCGACCGUUUGCAUUGCAAAAUUGUACGGUGUCAAAUCAAUCUAUCGAAACGAUUCAUGUUGAAUGCAUUGAGGGAUUCGAUGGCGGCUUACCUCAAAUGUUUUUAUUGGAAAUGGUUGAAAUACCCACAUUAAAAUUAGUCAGAAACCUGACACUUUAUAGGCCACCUGUAUCAUUCAUUUUGGACAAUGUUGAGUCGAGCAGCUCGUAUCGGUUGAUUUUAUUCGCUGUGAAUCCCAAAGGUCGCUCAGAGCCUGUGAUAAUCGAUGAUAUUACAUUUAAAGGUGUGGCUAAGUUUACAGGUGUGUCAAACGUGAUGAAUGUUCCCGUCUCGCCUGUUCUUGCCGCACUCGUUUUGACUGCAGCGAUUUUAUUCGCAAUUGUAUGCAUUGUUCUAGCGACAAUUUAUCGAAAGCACUCGCAUAAAAAUAACGUUGAAAAAAUGAAAAAUUCAAAAACUCUCGACAUUUCUGCCAAAUCAAAGGACUGUCAAAUGCAAUCAAUGUCUCAAGCGAGAGAAAAUGGCAUUUCAACGCCGCUUGUUGACAGUAGUUUGAUGAGACAUAGUCCACAAUUGAUGGGUGAGCCACCUGAUGGUGACGAUACCGAUCCAGAUGUGAUUCCAAAUCAAUAUGAACGUCGUCCAUUGAAAUCAACGAUGCCCAUCCCUCUCUUUCAAAGUCCGUCAUCACGUUUGAAUCCCAAGGAUAUAAUGGAGGAUGAUCGAGGAUGUUCCGUUGAUGGAUUAAAUUUAACGUCCUCAUUAGAGGGGUCGCAUAAUGAAGCACUUCAUUAUUCAUUUAUGCCCAACAAACAAAUUAGCUAUGCAACGUUAGGUCGCAAUAACAAAAAUAGUAUAACAACGUGUACAGCAUCAUCGUCCGUAUACACUUCAUCACCUUUAGGUAGUCCAAUAAAUCAGCAACUGGGCGGACCAUCUGUAAAUAUCUCACAUCCGAUGAGUGUCGGCCUCAUCAGCCCCAAUCAAUCAAUUGUUACAUCAACACUUAACGAAUUUCGUUUUCGACCUGAGCUACUAGCAAACUCUAAUCGAUUACAAGAGAGUUGUAUAUAAAAUAAAUAAGUGAAAAGUUUUAGAAAAAAAAUUUAAAAAAACUUGUAAUCUCUUGCUCGAAAAUAAAUCAAUUAAAUAACUGAAAAGAAGAAGCAGAAAGGUUCUUUAAAGAAUUAAAAAUUAUAUCUCUUAGAUUAGAAAAUGGAGAAAACAGCGAAAAAAAUUUAAUUGAGAAUGAGAAAGGAAGACAAAUUAGGCAAUGUCAACGAUAGUCAAAUUGUUUCAUUAAAUUCUACAAUCAAGGAAUGAAAAAUUGUAUGAAAUUGCUGAAUAAUGAAGAGAUUUUACAACGAUCUUACUGUUAAUUAUAGUACACUUUUCUGUUCUUCAAGCGUUCAUGGGACGCGUCAUAUCCACAUUAUACUGUUAAGGCUAUAAAAGACUGGAUAAAUAGAGGAAUCUGUAGAGAAAAUAACAAAA